AGCCGAGGCCCAGGUAACCACGCUCUCGCGCCACCCUCUCGCCCGGCUCCCUAUGUGGGCGCCGAGCCUGCGCUCAGCCCCGCGGCGGCACGGUGAGGACUACGCCCGAGUCCUGCAGCGUCGGGCGCCCGCGCGGUGGGCCUCCGUCUCGGGUGACAAACGCGGUCCUCGCUGCUCCCCGCACUGCCCCGGUCCCUCCGCGCGUCCUCGUUCGCCGUCUUCCUCCCGUCGGGGGGCAUCGCUUCCUUUGUGCGCUGCGACGCCCGGGAGCGGCGCGGACCUGCGCGGGGACCGCCACCUGCGCUCCGGGGCGCGCCUGUCUUCCGCGGGGGCGUCCCCCGAGAUCCGCAGGGUGGGCACCGCGACGGAGCUCGGACCUGCGGGGCUGCGGCCGGCGCUGCGGCUCCGACUUCCUCCCGCACCUCUUGGCCAGUCAAACUCCGGACCCGCUUAGAACCUAGCCGCGCCGCACGCUGCCUGCAGGGUACCCGGUGGCACCAGCGUAGUAACGGAAACGACCUCAGUCUCAGGGAACUGGACAGUAGCGGCUCUGGGUUCUGGAGACUGAAGAUUAGCUGCUGCCUCCUCGUGUCUCCUCCCUUUUUAACAAAGACUAAUGGGGUGUUGGAGAAGGAAGCUGAAUUAAAGAAGUUCUACAGAUGGCUUCAGAACCAGUGACUGGGAAGCCAGCUCGGAACCACUUCCCGAAGGGGAAGCGGCAGCAGCUGCAGCCCACGAAGACCAGGUCUGCAGCAAGCGACUGUGACAGAGAAGACUCCUUUGUCUUUGAGGCCAACGAAGCCUGGAAGGAUUUCCACAGCUCCCUCCUGCGAUUUUACGAGAAUGGAGAACUCUGCGAUGUCACGCUCAAGGUUGGGUCAAAGCUCAUCUCCUGUCACAAGCUGGCUCUGGCUUGUGUCAUUCCCUACUUCAGGGCCAUGUUCCUCUCUGAAAUGGCAGAAGCCAAGCAAACGCUGAUCGAGAUUAGAGACUUCGAUGGUGAUGCCAUAGAGGACCUGGUGAGGUUUGUGUACUCUUCACGGCUCACCCUGACAGUGGACAAUGUCCAGCCUCUCUUGUACGCGGCCUGCAUCCUGCAGGUUGAACUGGUGGCCCGGGCUUGCUGUGAGUACAUGAAGCUGCAUUUCCACCCCUCCAACUGCCUGGCAGUGCGGGCCUUCGCCGAAAGCCACAACCGGAUGGACCUCAUGGACAUGGCGGACCAGUAUGCCUGUGAGCACUUCACCGAGGUCGUGGAGUGCGAGGACUUCGUGAGUGUGUCGCCCCAGCACCUGCACAAGCUGCUGUCCUCCAGUGACCUGCACAUUGAGAAUGAAAAGCAGGUCUACAGCGCGGCCAUCAAGUGGCUGCUCGCCAACCCACAGCACCACCCCAAGUGGCUGGACGAAACACUGGCACAGGUUCGCCUGCCAUUGUUGCCAGUUGAUUUUCUUAUGGGUGUAGUGGCAAAAGAACAGAUUGUCAAGCAAAAUCUGAAAUGCAGAGAUUUAUUGGAUGAAGCAAGGAAUUACCACCUUCACCUCAGUAACCGAGCCGUCCCUGACUUCGAGUACUCCAUCCGGACUACCCCGAGGAAGCACACGGCUGGCGUGCUGUUCUGUGUAGGGGGUCGAGGUGGCUCCGGGGACCCCUUCCGCAGUAUCGAGUGCUACUCCGUCAACAAGAACAGCUGGUUUUUUGGACCAGAAAUGAACAGCAGGCGGCGACAUGUGGGUGUAAUCUCUGUGGAAGGUAAGGUGUACGCAGUGGGAGGACAUGACGGCAGUGAGCACCUGGGCAGCAUGGAGAUGUUUGAUCCCCUCACCAACAAGUGGAUGAUGAAGGCCUCGAUGAACACGAAAAGGCGAGGGAUCGCCUUGGCCUCCUUAGGAGGCCCUAUAUAUGCCAUUGGAGGGCUCGACGACAACACCUGCUUCAGUGACGUGGAGAGAUAUGACAUUGGGUCCGACCAGUGGAGCGCGGUCGCCCCGAUGAACACACCCCGCGGGGGCGUUGGCUCCGUCGCCCUGGUGAGCCAUGUUUAUGCAGUCGGGGGCAAUGAUGGAGUGGCCUCUCUGUCUAGUGUGGAGAGGUACGAUCCCCAUCUCGACAAGUGGAUAGAAGUCAAAGAAAUGGGUCAGCGGCGAGCAGGCAAUGGGGUCAGUGAGCUCCACGGCUGCCUGUAUGUUGUCGGAGGUUUUGAUGAUAACUCUCCCCUGAGCUCCGUCGAGCGGUACGACCCUCGAAGCAACAAGUGGGAUUAUGUGGCCUCGCUCACCACGCCCAGGGGCGGGGUGGGCAUUGCCACGGUGAUGGGCAAGAUCUUCGCAGUUGGAGGUCACAAUGGCAACACCUACUUGAACACAGUGGAAGCCUUCGAUCCGGUGCUCAACAGGUGGGAGCUCGUGGGCUCUGUGUCUCACUGCAGAGCUGGCGCCGGUGUGGCCGUGUGUGCCUGUCUGACAAGCCAGAUUCGGGAUGUGGGCCAUGGGUCCAGCACCGUGGUGGACUGCAUGUGACCGAGCACCCAGCAGCACGGCCUCCGCAGUGGUCUCAGGUGGCCAGGAUCUCGAUAAGACCCACUCUGAAUUUUAAUGACAGCCAGAGACUUACUCAAAGGCUACCGUAGGACUAUGACCGGGUACAGCUUUCUGAACAGCUGAAGAACUUUCAGUUAUGCUGUUAGAUCUGGUGUGGGGAGAAAGAGAGCUUAACUGGAAACCAUACUGCUCUGGAAAAACGUUUCUGUAGCGCCCAAACCUUGAAGUCUGUUUAUUGGGAUGAAUCCAAAUGAAAUGUGUUGAGUUUUCCUUUUCCUCUGCCUGAAAAUAGUAGCCUCGGGUAGCAGAUUUUUCCGGAGCAGAAAUAGAACUUGGUGUGUGCGUCUGACACCGAGACUUGCUCCUCCUGGAAGUCAGUUCUACUGGUGCUGCUUAGGUUACGUCUUGCUUGUAUGCUCAGUGCUGAUUUUCACUUCCUUGGGUAUUUGCAGAAGCAGAAAACCUGUUUUUGCUGGAGCGCCAGUUGGCUGCAUCCUUGGAAGCUGGUGCAGGCCUUGAUUUCAGUUUGAGUUGCUAGGGCACCAAAAAGCUUGGCAGCACUAAUAGCCUGAACCGAUCUACAGUUUUGAUUUUGGGGUUUUUUUCCUAUCUCAUGCAAAAAGUAACCCUGAGGAUACUAGAGAAACUUAACUGCCAGCCUCCAGCGCCAAGUGGGAGGCCCCGGGGGGCACAGUUACCUGCUGCCUGCCAAGGGAGGGCCGACCCUGUCCUCACCCUUUUUUUUGACUUGUUUUUUGUGAAUCUAGGACUUUUUGUUACUUUUGUCUUACACCGAUCUAGAUUUAUUUAUUAGAAAAUGAGUGCAUUUUUACCAAAACUCCUUGUUGACUAGUAUACUGAUUCGUUCCAGUCCAUUGUUAAUGAAAGGUGUUGGUACAAACACCUUUGUAUAUUGGAAGAUGGAAACCGCUCUCUCUUUGUUUAAUACUCUUCAGUGUAUUUAUUGCAGUGUAAUUGAAAAUAUUUGUAUAAAUUAAUUUGAACUCCAAGGUAUUGAUAAACCAACUGAUGUUACAGCCUUUCAUUGUUUUAACUAGCAUUAUAAGAUGACCUAUUCAUUACUUGUGUAUUCUUUUAUAAAUGCUGUUGAGAACAUUAAAGUAUCUUAUUUUAUAUUUGCAAUGCAGUUUGGCCUCCCUCUUCCAGGCCACAUUCACAUAGUGGGUCUGAUCGGUGCAGUGCUGGCCAUUAGCCCCACCUGGCCAGUCCUGACAGUCCUUGGCAGAUUCCACAGGGACCAGACUUGUCAGUGCAGGAGGACAAAGCACCGUAUCCCAAAGCCGGCCGUCAGGCGUGCCCCCUGGAAAGAGAGGAAAAUUCAAGAGGGCUCAAACACACAUGCACAUCGUGAAGCACAUGCGAACCGAGCUGCUUUUUUCUCUUGGCCUGUGGGCAGAUCCUGAGUCCGUACUGUCUGUGCCAGGGCUCACUAGGAUAAAUAGCCGGGUUUGAGGUCCUCCCAGAGCACUAGCCAAAGUGUCCACUGGCUGCAGGUGGAGGGGAGCUGCAUGUCCUGGCUUCCGCCAUCGAUUCCCAUGCCUGCUGUGUCCCUGUUACAGUGGGUAUCGAACCGUGCUUACCGGAGUGUCUUAUCUUCAUCUUCAGGGGUCAGGACCUUAUUGUUUGCUGUGAUCACUUAAAAUGUUUUCCUCGUCCCCUGCUUGUGUGUACAGAUGGGUGAUUAUGUUUCUCUCUCUGGCUUAUGAUACAGGAGUCAGCUGACAUCUGCACCUCUGUGCUCGCCACCCACAAAGUGUGACAUAGAUAAAUAAAAUGAACCCAAGGGAAGGCGUAGCUGUUUGGACUGUAACAGCCGGGUUUCUCGUGCAGUCUGGGUUGGACGGGAGGACCUCCUCAGGGACAGAAAGUGAGGAUCGGGCUGGUGCUCCGGAGCGGAGGCUGUGAGAUGCCGGGGCAGUGAGUCCUGACAGCACCUACCAGAAACGCAUGGAAGGGAGGGCUGAAGCACUGAGAUUAGAAACUCGGAAGAAAGGGAGAUGUGUAAAUUUGUAUCUUCCGUCUCGUUUUUUUUCUUUUUUGAGCUGGGUCCUGGUCUGUCACCAGGUAGUCCCCAAACUCCUGGACUCAGGUGAUCCUCUUGCCUCACCCUCUGGGCCAGUGCACCUGGCCUUGUGUCUUCUGUUCUUCAAGAAAUAUUUCCAGAUUCUUCGUGUGAUUCUCUUGUUUAGUCCUAAAAGCUCCCGCUUUAUUGUAUUGCACUGUCACUUUAAAGUGAUUUCACUGUAUUCCUAUGUAACUCCUUGGUUAUAUUUAAAACAUUUGAAUAAACUUUGUGCUCCUUUUAAGGAC